GGGAGAGCCCCGGGGGUGUUUGGCAGCCUGUGGGGGGCAGCGCGGGCUGCAGAGGCGCUGGGAUUAAGGAAGGAACAUUCCUGACGGCGGGAACGCAGCGCUGAGCAGCCAUGGAGGGGAUGCAGCAGGUCGUGGGCCGGGCCAGAGCCGCCUUCAGCUCGGGCCGGAGCCGCUCGCUGGAGUUCAGGAUGCAGCAGCUGAAGGCCCUGGAGCGGAUGGUGCAGGAGAAGGAGAAGGAGAUCCAGGCAGCCCUGCAGGCGGAUCUGCACAAGUGUGGGCACAGCGCGUACAGCCAGGAGAUCCUGGGCGUGCUGGGGGAGGUGGCCCUGGCCAUGGACAAGCUGCCAUCCUGGGCAGCCCCCCAGCCUGUGAAGAAGAACCUGCUGACGAUGCGGGACGAGGCCUUCAUCAACCCUGAGCCCCUGGGGGUGGUGCUGAUCAUCGGGGCCUGGAACUACCCCUUUGUCCUCGUCAUGCAGCCUUUGGUGGGGGCCAUCGCAGCAGGCAAUGCUGUGGUGGUGAAGCCAUCGGAGGUGAGUGAGCACACGGCUCGGCUGGUGGCUGAGAUCCUCCCCCAGUACCUCGACCCGGAGCUGUACCCCGUGGUCACUGGAGGAGUCCCCGAGACAACAGCACUGCUGACCCAGAGGUUUGAUCACAUCCUCUACACCGGCAACUCCACCGUGGGCAAAAUCGUGAUGGCAGCGGCCGCCAAGCACCUGACGCCCGUCACCCUGGAGCUGGGUGGGAAGAGCCCCUGCUACAUCGACAAGGACUGUGACCUGGCUGUCGCCUGCAGGAGGAUAACGUGGGGGAAGUACAUGAACUGUGGGCAAACCUGCAUUGCCCCAGACUACAUCCUCUGUGACCCAUCCAUCCAGAGCAAGGUGGUGGAGAACAUCAAGGCGACUCUGCAGGAGUUCUAUGGGGCAGAUGUGAAGUCAUCUCCAGAUUACGAAAGGAUCAUCAACAAGCGCCACUUCCAAAGGAUCGUGGGCCUGCUGGAAGGGCAGAAGAUCGCUCACGGAGGGGAGGUUGAUGAGGCCUCCUGCUUCAUAGCCCCAACUGUCCUCACCAACGUAUCUCCAGAAUCAAAGGUGAUGGAGGAGGAAAUCUUUGGGCCAGUCCUUCCCAUUGUGCCUGUGAAGAGCGUGGAGGAAGCCAUUGAGUUCAUCAACCGUCGGGAGAAGCCCCUUGCCCUGUACGUCUUCUCCAACAACAAGCAGUUAAUCAAAAGAGUCAUCUCGGAAACCUCCAGUGGGGGUUUUACUGGGAAUGAUGUCAUCAUGCAUUUCUUCCUCUCAACCCUACCCUUUGGUGGUGUAGGUAACAGCGGGAUGGGCGCCUACCAUGGCAAGCACAGCUUUGAGACCUUCUCCCACCGGCGCUCCUGCUUGAUCAAGGACCUGAAGAUGGAGGGUUCAAACAAACUCCGGUACCCACCGGGCAGCCAGAAGAAGGUGGAUUGGGCCAAGUUCUUCCUCUUGAAGCGGUUUAACAAGGGCAAAAUCGGACUGGUCAUCCUGGCUGUGGUGGGGAUUGUGGCAGCUGUGGUGGCAAAGAAUCACCAGUCUGUGCUGAAGAGAAAAGCCCUCUUGAUUGUGCUGGCUGUUCAGAGGCUGGGCUGGCGCAGUGUGUGGUAAGGAGGAACAGGUUUCAGAGCUCUGCUGUGGCUGUCGUGGUGAGAUGGUUUACAACUGACCAGAGGAGAAGGCACCACAUACAAGUCAUACUCUGAGCUCUUGCUUUGCGACGGUUUCCUUAAGCUGAGAAGUCAUUUAUUUUCCUUUUUGCUGGGUUAUUUCCGUGAGUUGUGGAGCACAGAGUAGCCUUAGAGAGGCACUAACAGAGGAGGCUCAGACUCCUGUCUACUAAAAGCCGUGCUGAAGCAGAGGGACCAGUGGGUACAAGCUCUCAAAGGAGGACUGCAGAGCAAGAAAUACCAGGCCCUGCCUCCACCCCAUGCCAUGCAGAGAGCUGCUCCCAGAGACCUGCACACUGUGCCUUGCACCAAACCACUUGCUUUCCUUCAGCAACCCACAGGAGCAGAAGUUUCAGUUGCAAUUCGCUUGACAGUGUUUUCCCUGCAGUUUUUGGGACAGUCUCUCUUCUGUUGUGCUCCCAACAGCCACCCUCUUGGUGACAAGUCUGAGACAGGCUGUGCUGGCUGGUGCAUCUUAGCAGUGGUUAAACUUAGUGAGGUUCCCACUUGCUGUUUAAUUGAGGUGAAAUAUUCAUGGAUCCCUAUGAACAGAAUUGUCCAGAGCUGGUCAGGAGAUGCAGCCCUUUUUGGGGCUCUGGGUUUCACUGUGUGUCUGCAACAAUUAUUUGGCAGUUAGAAAAUGACAAAGAGGAGACCUGCUCUGCCUGUGUUUGAUGAUAAGAGUAUCUUAUGCUCAUACAAAAAAAAAAAAAAAUAAAAAAAAAAAAUCAUCCAGGUCUCUUUAGAGAAGUGGGAAUCACAAAAUAACCAGUUGUGGGUUAGCCCAGGUGGGCCAAGCCCUACCCAGCCACUUGCUCACACCCCCACUGGGAUCGGGAGGAAAGUCAGAAGGGAGAAGGUCAGAAAACUUGUAGGUUGAGAUGAGGUUUAAUAGGUAAAGCAAAACCUGGGUGGGCAGGUGGGCAAAUGAAGGAAUUCAUUCUGAACUUCCCUUCAGCAGGCAGAUGUUCUGCCAUCCCCAGGAAAGCAGGGCUUCAUCACCCCAAACAGCAGCUUGGGAAGACAGAUGCCAUAAUUCCCAGUGUCCCCCAUCCUUCCUCUUCUUUACCCCUCCAGCUUUGAGCACUGAGCACAAUGUCAUACAGCCUGGAAUAUCCCUUUGGGCAGUUGGGGUCAGCUCUCCCAGCCAAGUGCCUUCCCUGCUUCUGGCUGUCCCAGCCCAGCCACAGGUGGGGCUGUGAAGAACAGAGACCUUGGGGCUGUGCAAGGACAGUUCAGCAACAACUGAGACAUGGGGGUGUUACCAGCACUGCUUUGGUCACAAAUCCAAAACAUGGCACCAUCCUGCUAUGAAGAAACUUGGCAAUUAUGAUGAAAAUUAACUUAAUCCCAGCCAAAACCAGUACAAACCUGUUCCUGGUCAGAUUCCUCUAAGGAAAAAGAAAUUACUGGCAGAGUAUGUACUCCUUUGUGUUCCAGCUUCUGGGUCUGCUAUAAUCUUGCACUGGGAGAUAAUAUGGGGGACUUGUUCUAGCUUGGGGAGAGGGUGCUGGAGAAAUUUAAGGUGAAAGGACCUUAGAAAUAUUAAUGCUUAAAUAAGCCGAAUUAAAAAAAUUAUUAUUAAAUGCAAUGACUCACUAGAGAGUAGAAAAUAACAUUUACUGUGCAAUAGGUGGGAUUUCUUCAUGCCUGGUUGAAAGUCCCCAUGCUAAGCCUUUUUAAUGGUAUAUUUUGCAAGUACUAAAUAAACACUGAGAAUUGAAAUAAAA